GCUCGAUUGCAGUUGUAUCAUUGUAGCUCACGCGUCUUCAGUUCUCUGUCGAAUAAAGAUCACCGAAAACUUUCGUGCGCUUAGUCGCUCCGGAAAUAUCCAGGAAGAACGUGACAGUGUCGAUGUUGAUAGUAGCAUCACAAAAAACAUUUCCUAAUCGACAAUUUAAAUAAAAAAAACCUAUUAGCAAGAUCUUCAUAAAUUACCGCAUUUGAUGCGCGUACAUAAAAUCGAUAUUGUACAGGACAUUCAUGAUAAAUUGUGUGUUGCAGUUUUCUUUUUGUGUAUAGAAUUUUCAUUGACAUUGUUACAUGAUAUAGUUCAGAUAAGUGUAGUGUUAUCGCACACAUAAAUGGACUCGUUUAAUAAUUACGGUAGGAAUGACCUGCCGGAGAUGUAUCCAACAUUUAUCAAUUUACAUGAAGACGAGAAUGAUCAUUUGCUAUUGGACAUGGAUUCGUUAGUUCUCAGACGAAGCAAUUACUUUGCAAGUCGCGGUUGCGAGCCGGCCAAGAAAAAAUGUUCGCUAGGUGAUGAAAGUGAAGAGAUCGAUGGUACAGGAUGGUCGGACAAACCCAUCAGAAACUGGUGUCAAGAAGAGACAAUAAAUUGGCUUAUGUCAGCCGCAUCAUACAUAGGACAACCUUAUAGCUCUAUUCAGCACAGUCUCGCCGUAUCUGGAAAAGAACUCGUCACCUUUACGCGACAAGAUUUUAUCAAUCACGAUCCCGCAUACGGGGAACGACUGCACGAUCUUCUUUAUUCACAGCGUAUAUCAAAUUUACUGCCAUCAUUUGAUGCUAUUUAUCCGCAUUCAGAAGACGAAUAUGCGCGAAUUAGUUGCAACAACAUAUCUGAUGCAGAAUCAGAUAACAGCGUCGAAGUCCCAACAAAAAGAUUGCCCGGCAGACCGAAGGCAUUAAAAACAAAAAAAAAUCCUGCUACGCAAGGAAAAUUAUGGGAAUUUAUUAGAGAUUUGCUACGCAAUAGAGAAACGUGUCCCAGCUUAAUCUGUUGGGAAGACUAUUCACAAGCCAAGUUUCGGUUUGUAAAAAGCGAUGAGGUAGCAAAACGAUGGGGUUCACGAAAAGGAAAUACAAAAAUGACUUACGAAAAACUUAGCAGAGCUAUGAGGUACUAUUACAAAAGUAAAAUAUUUCUUCCCGUACUCGGCCGAAGACUAGUAUAUCAGUUCGGGCCGAACGCAAAAGGAUGGCAAACAGAUAACCCCAAUUUCCGACAUUAAAAAUAAUGCUGUUUUGGAAAAGGACAAAGUUCUAUCGCGUUUUUUGAUCUACAAUACAAUGAGACGAGAAAACUAAAAUAUCUACGUCAAAUGUUUCGAGCGAUAUUGUUUUUUUAACAUGAACUGACAAUUUUAUAUAACACAGUUUUUUUUCUUAUUGGUCUGUUGUAAUGUACUAUUGUUAUUAUUAUUAUUACUAUUAUUGUUGUAAUUAUUAUUAUUAUUAUUAAUGUACGUGCUAUUUAUAUGAUAGAAGUAAGGAACUUACUCGCUUUUAUUAAAAUUCUUGUACGUACAACUUUUUUUCUAUACAUCGCAUUAAAUAUAUAUAU